AUGGCGACCCUGCCAACGAAAAGAUCCGCCACCAACGUUCUACCGCUACCAGAGGGUACACCAUCCUUUAUAAUUACUCCCGGUCAAAAAUCCUAUAAACAUCAAUACUCAAAUAUCUAUUACGCCCGCCUUACUCAAACAAAACAUCAUGUAGAGGAAAGAGCAAAGAAACGGUGGAAGGACCUCGAUGGUAACCCAGUUUUGGUACCACGCGUCCUUGAGGUAACAAAAGGGAAAUUGUGCUAUAUCAUUGGAACGGUAUACAUGGAUAUGCCAUUGAAACCCAAUGUCAUUGAAGACAUUGCGCGGGAUCGAUCCAUACCACCACCCCCACCAGCUGAAAAAUUCUACUCCCCCGACGACAAAGUAAUGUUGGAAGACGAAUCCGGUCGAAUACCACUCGUCGGUGAUUGCGUCGAGAAAGCAAAGCUUGUAACAGGGGUCAUUCUCGGUGCGCUUGGUAUGGAGACCCCAAACAGCGAGUUUGAGGUCAUUGACAUUUGUUAUGCUGGUAUCACCCCAUCUUCGAUGAAGGAGGAAUCACCCGAGGAUGUUGACGACUCGAGAAGCGGGGCUUUGGAUGAAUGGCUAGCAGCCAUCUCUGGCCUGGAAGUCGGCUCGCAAUCUUCAUCUGAUGCACUUAUUCAUCUAUUGGUCGAGUAUCUCACCGGAGAGGAAUGUGCCAAACGACAUUCGGUGCCCCCAAGUCAAAUCUCGCGUCUCAUAGUAGUAGGAAAUUCAUUAACGCCCCUCGUCAUCAAUAGCAAAGGAGAAGCAAAUGUAGAGCAAGUGCCUGACAAAAAAUCGCGACACGAUCCGACUAGCUUCUCCACACACCCAAUAUUCACCCUUUCCGCCCAUCUAUUGGAUAUUGGCCGAGUAAUGCCCAUUCAUUUGUUGCCAGGCGAGAAUGAUCCCUCCGGAGUGAUCAUGCCACAGCAACCACUACCAAGAGGAAUGUUCGGCGCUGUCGCCACCUUAUCGUCCUUCUCCUGCGAGUCGAACCCUACAUAUCUGCGGAUUGGCACCAAAGAUGUGACGAGAACCCUCCUCAUCAACUCCGGACAGCCCUUGAACGACAUGUUCAAAUAUGUGUCCUGUCCUCCCCAUACCCGUCUUUCUUUGCUUGAAUCUACACUCAUCUGGAGACAUAUGGCCCCUACGGCACCAGAUACGUUAUGGUGUCACCCUUACAUCGGGUGGGAUCCAUUCAUUAUCAAGGAAACUCCUGAUAUCUACAUUGUUGGAGGCCAGGAAAGAUUAUUUACCAAGAUGGUCGUUGAAGCAGAAACGAAAGUGAGACGGUGUCGAAUCAUCGGCGUUCCUCACUUCGCCAAGACAGGUCUACUGGCUCUGGUUAAUUUGCGGACUUUGGAGGUAAGGAAGAUUAGAUUUGGUGCAGAGGGUAAAAAAUACAAGGUUGAAGGUGGGGGUUCUAACAUGGAGGCAGAGCCAUCAAUUAAUUUUUAG